AUGGCCUGCUCGAGCAUUUGAGACGGAUACGGAAGACCCGGAUGUAAAUGCUCUUAGCCACCGUCCCAACCGGGCAACACAAAGUCUUGCUUCAGUCUGCGCCUAGUCCUAGCAGGUCGCGAAUUUCGCCGGUUCUAUUGUUGUUCUCUAAUUAUCUUCGAGCAGCUGAUUUGACUAGCACCAGUACUUGCUGUCCUAUAAAAACCUGAUCCUGCUCCGGUGAACAUCCGUACCGACAGAUCACUAGCAGGCACCGACGGAUUUGGAGCAGCUCUGAUCUUUAGCGGUCAUGGUCAAGAAAGGAAUCCAGUAUGUCGUGGUGGAUGCCUUCACGGCCCAGCCGUUCAAGGGCAACCCGGCGGCGGUGUGCUUCCUGGAGGACGACGCGGCCGCCCCCGCGGGGGACGGCCGGUGGAUGCAGUCCGUCGCCGUCGAGUUCAACCUCUCCCAGACGGCCUUCUUCUCCCGUGACUCGUCCUGCGCAGCCGACGCCACCACGCCGCGGUUCCACCUCCGCUGGUUCACCCCCGUCACCGAGGUCGCGCUCUGCGGCCACGCAACGCUGGCCACCGCCCACUUCCUCUUCACGUCUGUCCUCGCGGAGCGCCAUGGCGUGGUUGAGUUCGCGACCAAGUCCGGGGUCCUGACCGCCAAGAAGGUUCCUGCACCGGAGGCGGAGGAGCAGGGGAAGCUGUUCAUUGAGCUGGACUUCCCCAUGAGUGAUUAUGUGGGUUGCGAUCCCGCCGACGAGCUGCCGUCCAUCCCGGAGACGCUCAACGGCGCGCCCGUCGUCAGUGUUCACAAAUCAGUGGCCACCAACGACUUCAUUGUUGAACUUUCAUCAGGAAAAGAGGUCGCCGAUGUCCUUCCUAACAUCGAAGAAAUAAGAAAGUGUGCCGGCAGAGGUGUGAUUGUUACAGCACCGGCGCCUGCUGGAUCGGGUUAUGACUUCUUCACACGCUUCUUCUGCCCAAAAUUUGGGAUUGAUGAGGAUCCCGUAUGUGGCAGUGCACACUGUGUUUUGGCACCCUACUGGGGUGGAAAGCUGGGGAAGCAAAAACUGAUAGCGUUUCAGGUAUCUCCAAGGAGUGGGGCACUAUACCUGGAGCUGGAUGUUGCGAAUCAGCGAGUGCGGAUUCAGGGAGAAGCUGUUACUGUCAUGGCUGGGACACUCUUCGCUUAGCUAGCAUAUUGACCAUCCAUUGACUUGCUCUAUGAACUUGGGAGAAAUAAAUAUAUUUGCUGCUAUGCACUGGUCUAAUAAUCGAUUGACCGGUUUAUGGAAUAAAAAUGAAUUAUCUGAA